AUGACAAUUUGCCCAUCUCAUCGAUCUUCCUUAGGUAUAGGAUGGACACGGGGAACCGAUAGGUGUAGGGUUCCAUACGAAAUAUCCAAACAUAAAAACAUAAGAGGCAAAUGUCCUAAAGCAGACAGAGGAAUAAGCAAAUUAUUUUCGCAUGUUAUCUGGAAUAAAACAGGACUAUUGGUUUCAGUAGGAUCAGGUAAGUCCAACGAUCAACAUUUUCACUUGUGUUCAUCUUAUGUAAAUAUAUAUAUUAUAUAAUGAGACUCAAGUCUAGCGGUUAUUAUUUUCAGGUGUUUGCAGAUCGUGUAGGCAGGUUCUGACCUCCCUUUCCAAGGAGACUAAGCUUCCAAAGCAAAUGAACAAAUCUGUUGCUAGUGCGCAUUGUGAGGAAAGUGUCGUUGAAUGUAAAGAAACUUCACCUGUAAGUUGACAACUGUAAUAGUUAACUAAAAGUAUUAGAUCGCUAUCGAAUGAAAUGCUCGGAAAUUAAAAGUAGGUAAAAUAAUCCGCAGUAGAAAAAAAGAAAACUCCCGACCCUGUCCCCCGUCAAAACAUAGCGUCGCGCGCUUAACACGCGAGAAGCGAGAGAUUUUUUUUCUCGCGUCUUGACCUCUUGCCGCGUAUUUUUCGUGCUUCCCCUGCCUAUCUCUGGAAAACGCUCAAUGAGGACACUUACAAGGAAGCUUAUUUAUGUACAGGUCUUUUAUAAGUUUUGUUUUUGAGGAGGGCGGGCGGGGGCGGGGUGGAGGUCUGGAGGUGAGCAGUCACUUUUUUGGAGCGUUCAGCAUGUUUUUAUCCCUUUUAUUCAAAACAAACCGGUCAAAUGGUAAUAAGUAACAAACAUUUCCGACACAUGCUCACGUUGUUCAAAAGCAAAUGAUUUUUAAAUAGUAUCAUUAAAAUUUGUUCACCUUAAUUAAAAUCAACUGUCAGCACGGAAUCGACAUCUAGUGUGAGGGCGUGGCGCGCGAAGAACCUGAAUUUGAGCACUUUGAAAGUGCAACUUCCCCCGCAAAACUUCAUAUCUUUUUUUCAUACUUAUUCCUUACUCCAACGGCAGCACUAUAUCAUUGUUCAGGACAAAGUCCUUGUUUUAUCAUCAACAUCAUCAUCAUCGUCAUAAGAUCAGGAUCAUCGUCAUUACUGUCAUCAUCAUCAUCGUUAUCACUAUUAUUUCUAGUAUCAUUACAGUUAUCAUAGCCGUAACCAGCAUCACCAUCACCAUCUUUAUCAUUAUCAUUUCUUAUUAUCAUUAUCAAUCUGGCUAUCGUGCGGAAGCUUUGACAUAGCAUUAUUGCUAUUGGUGACAAAAAAUUGUAACUAGACUUGGUUGAUCAGCGCCCAUUCCUCAGCCUUCGCGUCUUUUUGUAGUGGUGAAAAACUACACCUUAAUUAUAUUUUACGGGCAUGGACAAAAAGAAUGCUUUCUAGUUUUGCAAAAAUUCCUGUUUUUUACCUGCUCAAAGAGUAUGAGAAAGGUGAAAUUCAUUGGCGAUGCAUUCAGAUCCUUAACUUUCACUGACAAAAUUAGUGCCCUUCUCCGUUCUUUCCUAGGAAAGGCAUACCACCUUCUCAACCAGUACACCGUUUAAAAUAGAAACUCCGGGAUGGUCAGAAGCUGGAAGUUUAUACUUGCCACCAGAAUCCGGGAGCCUUGAAGAUUCCUUUGAUCAGUUUGUUCAACAGAAUCAGAUGGAAAACUCACGAUCAGCGCUUAACAAAUUCCUUGUUACGCGGGACAUAAGUCCUGUUCGUUCCUCCUUAACGACACCCUGGAAUGACGCCAGUGAAAGGACGAGACGCUAUUAUAUCAAAAAAGCCAGCGAAGCCGUUGCUGCAUCACUGGAAGUAAUGGCACCUGGUGAAAGUGCGGAGAUGCUUUGGAGUACGUUGGUGAAUUCAAAGGCAAUACAAAAACACUUCGCCUGUGCGUCAGUCGAGCAAGAGAGCGUCGAUAGUGCUCUUCUGGAGUCAUUGGCAGAAUGCUAUAAUAAUGCUACCCAGUGGGACACGCGCCGUCAAAUACUGUCCAUUAUGGUGGACAAAAUCAGUCUUAAGUCUUUGCAACAGUAUAUUCCAGAUAUCACUCCAUAUCGUUACAAGAUUGCCACACAGCACGCACUCCUGCAUGGUACAGGUUGUCCAUUACCAAAGCCAACACAAAGGAGGAUGCGCGUCCCUCCGGAGAUGGUUGACCACUUUAUUUCUUUCAUAACCAGUCAACACAUAAUUCAGGAUUUGCCAUUUGGGCAGAAACGACUUAAAUUGUCGAGUGGCAAAGUACUCAUUGUGCCUAAUGUUAUCAGAAACAUGGUACCAGAACGCCUUGUGCAGCAGUAUCAAGCGUAUUGCAAUGAGUCAAGUUUACCUUGUCUUGGCCGAAGCUCUUUGCUUCGAAUACUCGAGGUCUGCUCCGCUUCUGUACGAACAUCCCUACAAGGUUUAGACUACAUUACCGCUUCUGGGGCUAAAGCGUUUGAUGAUUUGGAAGAUGCAGCUGAUACGCUAGGAGAUCUCGGCAUGGGGAUGUCAUGGGCACAGCAGCAAAAGAAACAACUCAAAUUAGCGAAGCGGUAUCUGAAAGGCGACUUCAAGGUAACUUGAAUGACAGAUAUUGGCUGCGGUCACAUCUGGGCUACUAACUAUAGUUAAGACGGGGAUAACUAUAGUUAGCUAUUUCGGUAAUGUGACCGCUUCUCUGUUCGCUCUAACUAUAGUUAGAAAAUUUACGCUUCGGUGAUCCAAAAAAAUACAGACUAACUAUAGCUAUACCCAAGUAGGGUAGAUCCUUCCCAAGUUUACAAACAACCAACCAAUCAAAAUGUGACGCUUCAUUUCGCACGUGCGAGAUGAGCAUAUGUAAAUAUGCAAAAUAAAAACCAAGCGUGAAGCGAGGGGGAAACCAAAAACAACAAACAAAAAUUUCACAUUGGCUAAUUAGAACUAACUGUUGUUAACUGCGUGCUGUGACCGCAAUGUCGACCGAAAGCACUAACCACAGCUAGGUAUGACAUCACGUAACUUGACACUAACUUAAGUUAAAGUUUAGUUACGUCGUAGAUGUGACCGCAGCCAUUACGUCUGAGCAAAUGAAGACAUGAAUGUAUAUAAAGCAUUUUUAUGUUUCUAUUUUAAGGUUCAUGUUUCCAAGACGUCCUCUGUUGCGGAUCACUGCAGACGCUUUGACCUCAGUGAUACUAAAGACGAAGACUACAAAGAUAUCUGUGAUCAUGUUCAUAAUGGCGUAUGUGAUCGUUGUGAUCUUGUACAGCGGAGCGUGUGCGACGUUGAGGAAGCUAUGAGCCACGUCACUACGACGACAGAGGAGCUGGAAGAACUAAAGUUUAUAGUGGAGCAAGCUAAAAGCAGCAUAUUGGCUUGGAAGGCUCACCUCCUGCGCUCAGUAAACCAGGAUGAAGCUAGAGUUGACGCUGUUGAA